GGCGUCCGACUGGCAGCAGCGCGCGGGCUGGUGGCUGCUGCACGCGGAGGCGCGGCUCGACGCGUUCCUCGAGAAUGCCGACGCCGCCACCGUCGACGCGCUGCUCGCCGCCCUCCCCAACGCCUCGCUUCCCCGCAACAGCGGCCAGGGCAGCGGGAAUGGCAGUGCGCGGGGCGCGGGGGGCGCGCGGAACGGGCAGGGCGGGAGGCGCAUGGGGCUGGGGAUGGGGCGGGAGCUGCUGAUGCGCGCAAUGGGCAAGCAGGCGGGGAAGAAGCAGGGCGGGCAGCAGCAGGGGGGAGCGCAGCAGCCGCCUGCAGGUGGCUUUUCAGGUGGAUUUCCAGGUGGCAAUGGCGGAGUGAACAGCACAGUGAGCGGGUAUGCUGUGCUGGCUGGCAGCAGCGCAGCAGGUGUGACGUGGGGCGGGCAGCUCAUGGGGGCCAAGGUGCCUGCUGCCGCUGUUGCUUGACAUCCUCCUGCCGUCCAUGUGGGGUUUGGCUUGGUACAGCUGUAACGUGAUACAAGCUCCUCAGGCUGAUGCUGCUGCUGAGCUGGGUACGGUGCUUCAAGGAAGAGCGGGAGUUGAGGGCUUCUCGUCCUCUUGCCUAGGGGCCGUGCUUUGUCUCAUGUUUGAAGUA